AUGAGAUCGGAAGAAACAUGUAUCAAAUCAUCACUUUACAAGAACAAGGAAACGACAAACUCUAUAAAGUGCGACGAAGAGUUUCUCGACUGUGCACAAUGUACUAAUCACUGUCAAGACGUACAUUCCAGAGACAAACCUCUAUGUCCAGUUUGUGGCAAACAGAGAAACCGCCUCGUACCUCACUUGGAAAUCCACGAAAUAAAAAACCGAUACUUUUGCCACGUUUGCAGAACUCCUCUACAAAAUCAAUACCAAUCAGUCGCGGCGUUUUACUCACAUCGCAAUCUUCACUCAGCAGAAGAAUAUUUUUGUGAGGACUGUGGAAAGUCAUUCCAAGGAAAAGACCGUUUCAGAGCGCACAAAUAUAAACACAAAGUUUCACAGAUUUGUUGCAAAAAGUGCCCAAAAGUGUUCAAAAGCGCACAAGGUCUUCUAUUACACGAUAAGUCUGUCCAUUUGGGCAAAAAAUACAUCUGUAGUAUCUGCAACAAAGAAGUAACUUCGCAACAGUCGUUAAAAAAUCAUUUGAGGAGGCAUACCGGCGAAAAACGGUUUAUUUGUAGUGAGUGCGGAAAAAGAUUUACUGUGAGUCAGGGCUUGAAAAACCACAUGAGGCUUCACAGAGAUGAGAAACCAUUCCCGUGCAAACACUGUGAGAAGGUUUUUAGAAAUUCGACGAAUUUGACGCUCCACACUAAGAGAAUGCACGAGAAGAAUAGAACGUUUAUUUGUGAUGUGUGCGGAAAAGGGUUUGUAUGGGCCUCACACCUAAGUAAACACAAGGAACAAACUCAUCUGUUAUGGGAACAUGAUUAUUUUCGAGUUGAGAACAACGAACACGAUUAUGCUCAAUGUUGCAACAACAGUGAGGUGGAAGAUAGUGACAUGGUAAAAAAUCAAAAUGCAAACUCACUCAAAAAACCUAAACCAAAUCAAACCAAAAGAAGCAAGACUUGUAUGGAGUGCAAUCAAACCUUUGAAAAAUACUUCGAUUUGGUUCGCCAUCGCAAACAAACGCACCCUCCCAAAAAAGUAGAAUGUCAAAUUUGCCACAAACAGUUUGUGAAGAAGAGUGCCCUUCGAGUCCACACGGAACUGCACGAUGAUUCACUUGUAUUUCCUUGCACACUCUGCGACAAACUAUUAAAGAGUUCGUACCAGUUAAAACUACACAAAUUCCUUCACUCAGUAAAGGGUAAAAAGUGCCCAGAUUGUGAUUUAAUCUACAACUUCAAAAACGUAUCGCAGUACUACCAACAUCGCUCCCUCCACACCACAGGAGCUUGUUUCUGUAGAAUCUGUAAGAAACAAUUUAACAACCUAGAGAGUCUUAAAAGACACAGAAAAUUACUACACGAGAAACUUCGCCCAUGUAACUUCUGCGACAAAGUUUUCAAAACCUACGAAGGCCUUAGUCAACAUAGAGACGUAGUUCACCUAAACAUCCGACACGUUUGCCAGGUUUGUGGUAAAAUCUUGAGCACGAAACCUGCGUUGAAGAUACACAUGAAAGUGCACCUUGGUGAAAAGCCGUAUUUGUGUGUCCAGUGUGGCAUGACGUUUGCCUUGCUCAAAACUUUGAAGACCCAUAUGGUGGUGCAUUCUGAGGAUAUGCCAUACGAGUGUGAUCAGUGCGGCAAAGCUUUUAAACUUUCUGGUGCCUUGAUGCUUCAUAGGGAAAGGAUGCACUCAAACAACAAACCGUUUACGUGCGAAAUCUGCAAGAAGAGUUUUUGUCGAAGGAGUCUUCUGGCUAGACAUAAUAAACAAGUGCACAAGGAGUUGUUUUGAAGUACCUGUCCUGUACUUAAUUAUAGUUUUUUUUGUUGAAGAAGAGUUUAUAAAUAAAUGAUGUUACUGGUUA